AUGUCUGACAAUAGUGUCCCUCGCGAGUACGGCAGCAAAAAGCGUGACACAAACCUCUCCCCAGUAUCAGAAAAGAAUCUCCAAGACGCCCUAAUCGACGAGAAACCCGAGAACCCGACCCUCCAAAACCGUCAGAGCAUCGCCUUGGACGCGCAAGUAGAACUGUCUCCCUCGUCGAAAUACACGCUCCAACAAGCCUUGACCGAUGAGAACGCAUGGGCUGAUCCAAAUGACUGCGUCGUUGAGAACGCUUGGGUGGAUAGCCACGUAAAAGUGCUAUACGAAGCGUUUGCGCGGGGCAGAAAGGCUGAGCUGAGCACGUGUGGGUAUCCAGAGUUGUUGGAGGGCGAGGAGGCAGGAAGCAAAGCUACGAUGUUGGCUGCGUCGAUCUUGGCGGACAAAAAGCAGCCCGAAGGUAACGCGGACUGGGUGCUGGUAGAAGAAGAAAAGGAGAAAUGGUUCAAGGGGUUCAAACCCUGA